GCUGUAAACCUUUGUGUGAUCGCAAGACACCGGGCUGACUCUUUGGAUUUAUAGUUUCCUGAAGCGAAUCAUCUAAAACUGCCACUUCUGUGUAACUAUGGACCCAAAACCCCAGUCUAAAGGUGUCAGCACAGGUACUACCAUAGUUGCAGUAAAGUACAAUGGAGGUGUUAUCAUUGGUUCAGACUCCAGGGCCUCAGUUGGUGGGUCAUAUGUGUCAUCUAAAGCCAUUAACAAGCUGAUACAGGUCCAUGAUCGGAUAUUUUGCUGCAUUGCUGGUUCAUUGGCAGAUGCACAACAUGUCACAAGAGUGGCCAAGUUUCAGCUGUCUUUCCACAGUAUACAGAUGGGCUCUCCUCCUUUGGUGAAAGCUGCAGCCACUGUGCUAAAGGAGCUGUGCUACAGUAAUAGGGAAGAUCUAGAGGCUGGUUUCAUCACAGCAGGUUGGGACAAGAAGAAAGGGCCACAGGUGUACACAGUAUCUAUGGGAGGGAUGCUGAUUAGUCAACCCUUUACCAUCGGUGGUUCUGGCAGCACGUAUAUAUACGGCUACAUGGAUGCUAAGUACAAACCAGACAUGAGCCGAGAGGAGUGCGUUCAGUUUGUUAAAAAUGCUUUGGCAUUGGCUAUUGGCAGAGAUAACGUGAGUGGUGGCAUCGCUCAUUUGGUGGUGAUUACAGAAGGUGGAGUUGAACAUGUGGUUGUUCCUGGUGAUAAAUUACCAAAGUUCAGUGAUGAAUAACUGUUAAAGAAACACAAGUAAUCACUGCGUAACUACUGUGAUAUUCUGAACUGGUAAAGUGAGUACACUAAUGUAGUAAUGUAGUAUACUUAUUCAAGCCCAUUUGCAAAGACAAAAUGAUUACUAUUACAAAAACUCCCAAUGUAAAGAGCAUACAGUAUGUAGUGAAUAAAAAACCAUUUGUCCUUUUGGGUACAGCCAUGCUCAACAUUAGAUUUUCUAAUAAAAUUUCUUUUGCUUAAGAAAA